AUGAACAAGAGUCUAAAAACUAGCAGAGAUUCUCAGUCAAGGACGCUCAAGAAAGACUUUCAAGACCAAAACAGAAAAUGCGAUCCUUCCCUCGGUGGAUUGCUUCUCAGGGCACUGACAAAUGCGCUCUCCACCCACAAAGAGAGCUGGCUCCUUAGUAGUCAUUCCUUUCCUACCAAUACUUUUUGCAGCAGAGCAAGGACUUCACCGGACGCUCUAAAACCGGCAGUUUCUGCCCUGAAGAAGUUCCCUCCGGUAAAAGCCAGAUCGCGGAAAGAAGACCCAGAAGAAAGACGACAACAAACUACGCAACAGCAGCCCAAGGUUUUGGCGCAUGAAGUAGAAGGGAAAGCAGAAACGCACAACUCCCACACCGCGGAGUCCUCCGAGCAGGGGCGAGCCGGGCGGGGGGCCCACCUGCACGGCAGAGGGCUCGCACAGGGAGGGACCUGCCGCGACAGAACCCCCGCGGCUGAGACCCCCCGGCGAAACUCGGGCGGCAGGAAGAAAAGGCGAGGCCUCCGAGCGCGGCCCAGUGCCAUCCGCGGCCGUGACAGCGCUUCGGCGGCGGGUCCCAACGCGGCCGAGCUCCCCUCUCACGGCGGGGGGGCCGCGGCGAGGCCGGCCGCGCACCUCAGGAGCCGGGGGGUCUCCUGCUCAUCAGCUUCGCUUUACUGGACACCAAGAAGUCUUAAGUGCAGCACUGUGCAAGUGUGUGUGCAUAAAUAG